AUGGCGAGGUGGAAAUGGAUCCUCCCUUUGCUCGCGGCCUUUGGGACCCUGACCGACGCGUACCUGGCGGUGCUGUCCUCGAGUACACCGACCGGCAGCUUGGUUUUCGAGGCAGGUGUGCCGCAGCUGGGUGGCCGUCGAAAGUACGAGGUCUCGAACGAACGGACCGCGUGGUUCGCCAGGAAGCUGCUCAAGGUGCAUCCUCACACAGGUCGCGUCACGUUGGCGCGGCCGUUGAGCUGCGAUGGCCUCCGGUACCCACGGAUCUUCACCUUCUACGUGGACUCGACCAGUUCCAGGCUAGGCAGGCCAACGAUCGACUAUUACAGCCUACCCCUCAGAAUAUUGAUCACCGGCUGUGGCGGGGAGAACCGAGAUCUAGCCGCCACUAGGGGAUGGAUGGCGGAGACCGUGGCCUCGUACGCCAUGCCCAGUACCGAGAGGUUCACCGAGGUCUGCCUUAGAACGUCGCAGCUGGUCGCGGCGCUGAGAGACUUCCUUCCACAGACCGCGCUGAAGGAGUGCGAGACCAGGUGGGGCGGCGUAGCGGAUCCUAGGUUCCUGAUCGAAGGCGCGGCGGGGGACUUGGUCUCGGCGACGGAGCAAUGCCUGGUGGACCCGCUCUGGAAGAUCUCUGUAUCGAUGAACCUCAGGUGCGGCAUGGAGUCGCGGUUAACCGACGCGGAGCACCGUCUGAAGAUCGUCUUUCACCAUCGUCAGCUGGACGACACGGAUCUGGGGAGACGAGUGCGGAGGGAAUUGAAGAAUCAGUCUCCGUAUUUCGAGCAACCCCUGUACGUGGCUGCCGUCGAAGAGGAAAAAGAUCCCGGCGUGUACGUCACUUCGGUCCGUGCCAGAGACCCCGAGGGCGGGACGGUCCGUUACUCCAUGAGUUCCCUGUUGGAUGCACGAUCACAGGCAUUGCUCAUCCUGGAUCCUGUCACUGGAAGGGUCACUACGCGCGCCAGAUUGGACAGGGAGAGCGUGGACGUUCAUUACUUCAGGGUACUCGCAGUUGACGACUCCUUUCCCCCAAGGACUGGCACCACCACUCUGCAAGUGAACGUUCUCGAUACGAACGAUCAUGCUCCCAGCUUCGAGUGGCCAGAGUACGAUUCUUCUAUCAGGGAGGGUGUACCUGUAGGUUCUACGGUUGUCACGGUGAAGGCGACCGAUCAGGAUGCCGGCAGGAACGCAGAGGUCGAGUACUCCAUUUUGUCCACGACUAGCGGCAAUGGAGCUGUGACCACCGAGGAUGUACUGACCUUUAGAGUAGACCCCAGAUCCGGCGUAGUUACGACCCGCACGCCUCUCGACAGGGAGAAGACCGAAGUGUACACGGUCAUUUUGAGCGUGACCGAUCAAGCGACACCGCCUUCCGCGCGAAAGACCGCGAACGCGACGUUGGUGGUACGCGUGCUGGACGAUAAUGACAAUUACCCUCAGUUCACAGAACGUACUUAUUCUGUUUGGAUACCAGAGGACUUGGAUUACACGGCGAACCCGGUGAUAGCGCGUAUACGAGCUGCGGACGCGGAUGCAGGAAAUAACGCGGCUGUUCGAUAUGCCAUAAUCGGUGGGAACACGCAGAAUACCUUCUCGAUAGACUCCAUGGUCGGCGAUGUUGCCCUCGUUAAGCCGCUGGAUUACGAAUCCACCAAGAGCUACAAGAUAGUAAUUCGUGCUCAGGACGGUGGUUCGCCAGCCAGAUCUAAUACCACGCAGUUAUUGGUGCACGUGAGAGACGUUAACGAUAAUGCACCGCGAUUCUACACCAGUCAUUUUCAAGAGUCCGUUUCUGAGAACGUGCCUAUAGGUUAUUGCAUGUUGAGGAUACAGGCUUACGAUGCCGACGAGGGUGCGAACGCUCAGAUAAAGUACACCAUAGGAGCUCGAGACUUUUCCGGUGCAUCCACGGAGAACUUCCCUAUAACUGUGAACAGGGAGACCGGAUGGAUCUUCACGACGAAGCAGCUCGAUCGCGAGCAAUGUUCCAAGUACCAGUUCACCGUGAUUGCCACAGACUCGGGAGAAGUACCGAAAUCUGCAACCGCCUCCGUGAUAAUCACCGUGACCGAUGUAAACGACAACGAUCCUUACUUCGACCCUAAGAACUACGAGGCUGUCGUCUCCGAAGACGAUCCCCCGGGCACUCCAGUCACCACUGUCACAGCCACCGACCCUGACGAGGACGCCAGGAUACACUAUGAAAUCACCGCGGGCAAUACCAGAGGUCGAUUCUCGAUAGCGUCUCAGAAUGGACGUGGUCUGAUAACGGUAGCCCAGCCACUCGACUACAAACAGGAGAAGAGAUUCGUCCUGACCGUCACAGCUUCCGACAGCGGCGGUAGAACCGACACGGCUCUCGUUUAUGUCAAUAUCUCCGAUGCCAAUAACUUUUCCCCCGUUUUCGAGAACGCACCCUACUCCGUCUCCGUAUUCGAGGAUGCGCCGAUUGGCACGACGGUCCUGGUUGUCAGCGCGACCGACUCCGAUGUUGGCAAGAAUGCUCAAGUCACUUACAGCUUGGAUACGGAUGGCGGAGACCAAUCGGUGUCCGAGUUUACCAUAAAUCCGCAGACCGGAGCCAUCACGACUAUUCGACAACUCGAUCGCGAACUCGUACCUGCGUACUUACUGACCGUGACUGCGAGGGACGGAGGUAUUCCACCCCUGUCGGACACUACUGAUGUAGAAAUAUCCGUCACGGACGUGAACGACAAUUCGCCGGUCUUCGAAGCUCCUCAGUACCAAGGAUCUAUCCCGGAAGACGUACUGGUUGGCACCAGCGUUCUCAGAGUUUCCGCAACCGAUGCGGACACGGAUCUCAACGGCAGGGUGAGGUAUACUUUAGAAGAUGACGGGGAUGGUGCCUUUGCUAUAGAUUCAACCACAGGAAUAAUCAGAACGGCUAAACCAUUGGACAGAGAGUCUGUCGCGAGGUACAGUCUGAAGGCAGUUGCGAUAGACAGAGGAUCUCCUGCGCUUUCAACGACGGUCCCAGUGAUUAUCAAGAUAGAGGACGUGAACGAUUCUCCGCCCGCUUUCGAGAAUGAUAAGAUAAUACUGUACAUAGCCGAAAAUUCCCCUGUAGGAUCUACGGUUGGUGAAAUUUUCGCUCACGAUCCAGACGAAGGACCGAACGCUGUUGUGCAGUACUCGGUGAUAGGCGGCGAGGAUUCGAACAGUUUUGCUCUGAAUAUCAGACCAGGUGCUGAUCGCGCGGAGUUGAUCACGCUCGAAGAACUGGAUUACGAGUCGCCAAAGAAAAAGUUCGAGUUAGUCGUGCGUGCUGCCUCACCUCCUUUGAGAUCGGACGCCCUGGUUCAGAUACUAGUAACCGAUGUGAACGAUAAUGCACCCGUGUUGAAAGACUUUCAAAUCAUAUUCAACAACUUCAAGGACUUCUUCCCGACAGCCCCGAUAGGCAAGAUACCCGCUGUUGACGCGGAUGUCACGGACAAGUUAACAUACACCGUACUCGCUGGAAACAAUGCCAAUUUGAUCGACUUGAACAGGACCUCCGGUGAAAUUCGCCUGUCGCCUCAAUUGAAUACCAACGUGCCACGCGUUGCAACGAUGGAGGUAUCGGUUACGGAUGGUAUCAACGAGGUCAAGGCUACCAUGACACUCUCUGUACGCUUGAUCACCGAUAAAAUGCUCCUAAACUCUAUCACCGUCAGAUUAGACGACAUGACGGCUGAAGCUUUCCUUAGCCCUCUGUUAGGGUACUUUCUGGAUGGCUUAGCAGCUAUUAUUCCAUGCCCUAGAGAGAAUAUCUUUCUCUUUAGCAUACAGGAGGACGCAAACGUGAACGGAAAGAUUUUGAACGUGAGCUUCUCAGCGCGUAAGGUCGAGCCAGGUGUUACGGAUGAAUUUUACAGCCCUCAGUUCCUUCAGGAACGCGUGUACCUGAACCGAGGUAUCCUGGCGAGACUGGCCACUGUUACAGUAUUACCCUUCGAUGACAAUCUUUGCGUGAGAGAACCUUGUUUGAAUUUCGAAGAAUGUCUGACGGUUUUGAAGUUUGGAAACGCUUCUGGAUUCGCGAGCAGCGAUACCGUGCUCUUCAGACCAAUAUAUCCGGUGACAACGUUCGCGUGCAGGUGUGCGAAGGGUUUCACCGGCAGUAAGGAAUCCUAUUUAUGCGACACGGAAGUCAAUCUGUGUUACUCGAAUCCAUGCAUGAACGGGGGCACUUGUUACAGAAGGGAAGGAGGAUACGCGUGUUCCUGUAGCCCCGAAUUUGCUGGAGAAAACUGCGAAAUCUCCUUCGACAAGGAUUCUUGCGCUCCAGGGAUUUGCAAAGGAGGCUCUCAGUGUACCAUCAAAACUACAGGCGGUUUCACCUGCGAGGGUUGCCCUGUAACGACCUUGGAAAACGUGACACCACUGUGCGAGCUUAAAGCUCGUAGCUUUGGGCCAGCCACUUUCCUCACGUUCGCCUCUUUGAGGCAAAGGCACAGACUGCACGUGAAACUAAGAUUCGCCACCGAAGCGACAAACGGACUUUUGCUCUACAACGGCCGAUAUAACGAGAAGCACGACUUUAUAGCUUUAGAGAUAAUCGAUUCUCAGGUACAGUUCAGUUUCUCCCUCGGUGAUGAGAUCACCCGAGCGAGUGCCAGUAUACCUGGCGGUGUUUCCGACGGCCAAUGGCACGAAGUAGAAGUCUCUUACAUAAAUAAGACCGUAACAAUCUCUCUGGACAACUGUGACGUCGCUCUAGCCUUGGAAUACGGCGAGAGGCUAGGGACAAAAUGGUCCUGCGCUGGGAGAAGCGAACAAGUGCUAGAGGACCGCUGCAGCAUUGUCACCGAGACGUGUCAUCGUUUCUUAGAUCUAACAGGGCCCCUGCAGUUAGGUGGUCUACCCGCCAUACCGUCUAGCUUUCGAAUCAGAAAUAAAGAUUUUGUCGGUUGCGUGAGCGAUCUGUACAUCGAUCAUAUCUUUAUCGACCUGAAUUCUUUCGUGGCCGACAAUGGCACCAACUCUGGCUGUCCAGAGAAGGUCUCGUUUUGCUCGUCUACGCCAUGCAAGAACGGUGGCAAAUGUCGAGAAAUGUGGUCCGGGUUCGUUUGCGAAUGCGAGGAGAACUUUGCUGGACCUACCUGUGCUGACGAGGUCGGCAAACCGUGGAACUUUCACGGCGACGGGAUGCUCAGCUUCAAUCCUCUGCUGAGACCCAUCCAGUUGCCCUGGUUAACGGCGGUCAGCUUAAGGACGCGGUCAAAGCAAGCGUUCCUCAUGAGCGUGCAAAUAGGACAGAAUAGCUCGGCAUUGCUCGAGAUCCGAGAGAGCAAACUGGUCGCUCUAUUGGACGGUGCGGACAUCAUACAAACGUGGAACAACAUCGCGGACGGCGAAUGGCACAGAGUGGAAAUCCUGUGGCAAAGCGGACAUGUCUCUCUGGACAUCGACUACCGCAACCGGCCCACGUCCUCUCCGCUACCGGCGAAACUGCAGGGUCUAUACGUUGGUAGGAUCCUGGUCGGUGGGCCGGAACAAUCCAUGAACACUGAGCUACCAUAUUUCGACGGCUGUCUGCAGGACAUUCGUAUCGGCAGUAACCAAAGUGUACUCUUGCGACCAACCGUUCAGGAGAACGUCGCGGCUGGCUGCAGCUCGGAAGCCGAGUGCAACGUCGACUGUCCAGAGGCAUCGAUUUGCGUGCCGAAAUGGCAGACGAGCGAGUGCGUUUGCGCGACAGGUCGCGUAGGACGUAACUGCGAGCGGGUUUGUGAUUUGAAUCCCUGUAAUAACACCGGCACCUGUUUGGAGGAUGCAGCGUCUCGUAGGGGAUACCAAUGCGAGUGCAAUUCGCCGGAGUACUCUGGAGACUACUGCGAGAUCAAAGCAGACCAACCUUGCCCGGCCACCUGGUGGGGUUCCCCGGUUUGCGGACCUUGUCACUGCGACGAGUCCAAAGGCUAUGACCCAGCGUGCAAUAAAACUACAGGCGAAUGCUACUGCAAGGAGAAUCACUAUCAGCCAUCUGGCAAGAAGGAGUGCAUUCCUUGCGAAUGUUACGCAACUGGAAGCUUCGGGCCCCGCUGCGAUACCGAGACAGGUCAGUGCCGGUGUCGCGUCGGGGUCAUUGGACGAUCUUGUACAGCAUGUCCUAACCCGUAUGCCGAGGUCACUCUUCGUGGCUGCGAGGUGGUCUACGACGGAUGUCCCAGGUCUUACGCUGAAGGUUUAUGGUGGCCGAGGACCAAGUUCGGAAUGAACGCCUUAGAGGAUUGUCCUGAUAUGGCUGAAGGAAAGACGUCUAGAUCUUGCGACGAUAAGUUAGGCGGUUGGCAGGAACCUGAUCUCUUUAACUGUACCUCGGAAGCCUUUAUCGAGCAAAGACAUCAGCUGGCAGCGUUGGAGACCAAGGAACUAACGUUGAACACUUACGUCGCUGUUAAGAUAGCGAAAGACGUUCACAGGGCAGUGAACGUGACCAAAGAACUCUAUGGAGCUGAUUUGUUGAUCGCUGAGUCUUUAUUAGUCGCGCUGUUGCAGUACGAAGAGAGCUUGGUUGGACUGAACCUGACUCACAGUCAAGACAAGGACUACGUGUCGCAUCUAGUUGGGAUCGCUAGCAAUAUUUUAAAAUCCAAAUACGUAAACAAGUGGUCGAAAAUUGAAACUCUUAACAACGAUACUCCCGACAUGGUUUUGGAUGCGAUGGCGAGUUACUUGAAGACUCUGACUGCGUCUCAGCACGAUACCUUUACUAAUCCCUUCGAGGUAGUGGAUGCUAACGUCGUAUUGGGCCUGGACAUAGUAACCUCGGAAAGCUUAUUCGGAUAUGAAAUAGCAGAGUACACCGACGAUCCAUCGGUAUCUACGGUGAGACCAACUGAAGCGGACCAAAAGGUUGUCUUGCCGGAUACCUCUGCCUUCUUAUCGUCGCCUGCUCAUUUCGGCCCGUCGAUUACUUUCCCAAAGUAUAAUAAUUACAUGGCCGACCCAAGCAGAUUUGAUCCGUACUCGAAGAUACGAGUGCCUCUUAAUAUAUUAGGUAUAAAGCCCCUAAUGCAAGGGGAGUUAAAUGUUAAGAAAAGUUUGGUCAAUCGGAAGGCUGUGUUGAGUUACGUGCAAUAUAAACAAUUAGGAGCGUUACUGCCUCAGAGAUUUGACGAUUCUGUGGCAGUUAGAUGGGGUGUAGAAGUAGCUGUGGGCUCACCGGUCGUAACAGUGUCCGUUUUAGUGCCCACUGACAACGGUUACGAAUCUCUGACUGGGAUUCCACUACAAUCUCCAGUUCAAAUUAGCCUUUGGCUCAGCGAAAAAGACGAGUUUAAGACUAGAACUAAUCCGCAGUGUGUACAUUGGAGUACAGUCAGAGAAGUUGGCGAAUGGAGCCGAAUGGGUUGCACGACGGAGGUCGAGGACGAUUCUCUAUCUUUUGGGACAAUUGUAAACUGCAGCUGCUUCCAAUUAUCCACCUUUGCAAUACUAACUGAUGUACUUGACCCGGAGUAUGUCCCAGAGCCAUCUUUGCUGGAGGAUGUAACGAGUUACAGCGCAUUUAUGAUCGCAUUGCCCUUGCUGUUAUCCGCCUUACUCAUUCUAGCUUUGAUACGAGGCGGUGGCACAAAUUCGAACAGUAUUCAUAAAAAUUUGGUGAUGUGCGUGUUUUUCGCUGAAGUGCUGUAUCUGAUCGCACUCAAAGCUAGAAGUUCUCUAGUCUCGAACGAAUUCCCAUGUAAACUGACGGCAAUUGGCUUGCACUAUGCUUGGCUGAGUACAUUCUCGUGGACCUUGGUAGACUCCAUUCAUCUCUAUCGAAUGCUAACCGAAAUGAGAGACGUGAACCAUGGACAAAUGAGGUUCUAUUACACAAUGGGAUAUGGUGUUCCAGCCAUCAUAGUUGGAUUAACCAUCGGCGUUAGAGCCGAUCAGUAUGGAAACUUUUAUUUUUGCUGGCUGUCUAUCUAUGAAACUGUGAUUUGGUCUUUGAUAGGACCAGUUUGCUUGGCAGUUUUUGUAAAUUUCUGUAUACUUGUCAUGUCGAUACGAGCGGCAUUUACGUUGAAAGAACACAUUAUGGGUUUUGGGAAUUUAAGGACGUUACUCUGGUUGUCCGUAGCUUCGUUGCCUUUACUUGGAUCUACGUGGACUCUAACAGUUCUCAAUGCCUCCGAAAAUUCUCCAACAUUGUCAUACCUUCUUAGUAUAGCAGUAGUCGUCCAUGCGUCGUUUAGUUUGGUCGGUUAUUGCUUUAUUAAUGGCAGAGUGCGAAGAAAUCUAUAUUUAAGUUUAUUGAGAUGCAUUGGAAAGAAGACACCUUUGUUGGAGGGAAGCGUGGGAAACGGAAGCAGCAGCCAGAACGUAAACGGCCACUCGCGAUCUGCACUGGCGUACUCGUCAACGUAUAGCGGCGCAGAGUCUGUAUGUAGAAGGGUUCACGUCGGAGUUUCAACGAGUAGUACAACUUCUCGAAGUACAAAUAAAACUGGGUCCAGUCCUUAUCGUAGCGAUACACAUUUAAGGCAUACCUCAACAUCCACGAGUAAUUACAACAGUGACAGAGAUCCCUAUAUGUCCUCCAGGAGUCACCGAUCAGCAUUGCAUUCUAGACAAGAAGCGACAGAGCCACGAAAUCAACGCAGAGAUUCCGAAUCGGAUUCAGAUGGAUCUCAAGCAGAGGGUGGAGGAAGAAGCUUAGAUCUUGCGAGUUCGCACAGUUCCGACGAAGAAGAUGUCACGUCAAGAUCCCAUAGGAAUAUGGGCGUCUCGACGCAACAACCUGUUACACAUAGUUAUCUGCCUAAUAUUCAUAGCAAUCCUACCGAGCACUUGAAUAUACUUUGUUCGAAUACGGAACUGUUCCCAAACAUUAAACCUAUUUAUGCACCUAGAUGGAGUUCACAGUUACCAGAAGCAUAUUUGUCAUCCAAUGUAAUGGAUGUACGUGUAAGUCAAUGGUCUGGAGGCACCAUGUCCGAUAACGAAAUGGCCUCGAACAAGACUUCCAGUCCAAAUCCACUGCCUUAUCCCGAAAUGAAUUCGCCUCAAAAGAGUCAACCGGAUGAAAAUUAUUCGGAAGGUGAGGAAAAACUUCAUCAUCUCGGAGAAAAGUAUUUGUUCCCCUAUACAGCUGAGGAAGAUCACACUGUCUCACCUACUCCCUACAUGCUACCCAUGUCUUCCCGUAUUCUUGCGUCCAGCAUGAGUCAUCACUCACAAAAUUCCAACCAUGAGAAUAUGAGUGGUUCUGAAAGGUAUGGAAGCUUAAAGAGGGGGCAGAGUAUACAUGGUUCUCAACACGAUAAUCUCAGUGGUUCGGAAAGAUACGGUAGCUUAAAACGUGGAAAAAUUACACCAACUGUGUUAGAAGAUUCUCCGGAGUAUAUUUUACCAAUGAGUGGUAGAAUAUUGUCUAGUUCAUUGACUCACGAUUUACAGCAUAGCAAUGAAUUAGCUGCCCUUCGACAACAGCAACAGCAAUACGAACAGACUAUUACAGAGACCGACGAAGAGGAAGGAUACUAAUGCGGAAACGUCAGUAUGACGAUCUCCGCG